AUGCUUUGGACCCUCAUUUUGAACGGAACCACCGGUUUGAUUAUGCUCAUCACAUACGCCUUUUGUGUGUAUGAUAUCGAUGCAGUCCUCAAAGACCAGACCGGCUUCCCCUUUAUUUCCGUCUUCUUGCAUGCCACCCAGUCUGUUAGGGCAACAACAGCAAUGACAUCCCUCAUACUGGUCCUUCAGGCCUGUUCAGCCAUCAGCAAUGUUGCCACUACUUCCCGCCAGCUCUAUGCAUUCGCCCGUGACGGUGGCAUUCCUUUCCCUUCAUUUUUUGCCAAGAUUGAUAAACGCUUCGUCGUCCCUCUCAACUCUCUCUGCGUCAGUUUCUUCAUCGUCUGCCUGCUAUCCCUGAUAAACAUCGGGUCAACAGUUGCGUUCCAAGCCAUCAUAUCCCUUGGUACUGCCUCACUUCUGUCGUCGUACAUUAUCUCCAUCUCCUGUGUUCGCCUCAGGCGCUGGCGCGGCGAGCCACUUCCACCAGCUAGAUGGAGUAUGGGCCGCUGGUCCAGCACAGUUGAGACCAUAGCGAUCCUCUUCCUUCUCAUCGCCUUUAGUUUCUCAUUCUUCCCGCUUGUCAGCCAAGUUGAUGUGACAACUAUGAAUUGGAGCUGUGCCAUUUUCGGAGGAGUGGUCCUGUUCUCUCUAAUCUAUUAUGUCCUGCAUGCCAGACAUGUCUACAAGGGACCGGUUACGCGAAUAAGGCCGUGGGCAGAGGCAGCUCGAAUCGAAUAG